AUGUUCAUUAUCCUCCCGCCAUCCCUCUACGCCGCAACAAUCUACAUGACCUACGGCCGAAUCAUAACGUACAUCGGCAAGCCCCAUCUAUCAACUAUCGGGCCGCAGAAUGUGACCAAAGUCUUCGUUAGUGGGGAUGUAACUGCUUUCCUCUUGCAACUUGCAGGCGGUGGUAUGCAGACCAUCAACAGCACGCGCAACCUUGGGCAAAAAAUUCUUCUCGUCGGUCUGUUUGUGCAGCUUAUCUUCUUCGGGUUCUUUUUAUAUGUCUCUGGUAGCUUCCAGGUCCGCUUACGGAAGUGUGGAUAUGGCUGGUCCGGCGGCGGUCAGUGGCGGAGACUCCUUCAUAUCCUCUUCCUUGUCUCAGCUUUGGUGAUUGAGCGGUGUGUCUUUCGGGUUGUUGAGUAUGCUGAGGGUACUGAUGGAUCCGUGUACACACAUGAGGUUUAUGCUUAUAUCUUGGACGCCAUUCCGAUGUUCUUUGUGCAGGCUAUCUUUCACUUUUGUCACCCCGGGAAAGUUCUGAUUGGGAAGACGCUGGAGGAUCCGGAAUAA